AUGAAAAAAAUCAAACAAUCCCAGCAGAGCAAAAAGCGCGUCUCCACGAGGUCGCCGACCUCCUGCUCCAAAUCUACACCAGCUGGCAGCAACGAGAAAUGGGCGGUCCAGUUCAAGCUGUGGAUCGAGGAAAAGACCGAAGCGAAGAACGUGCGGGAACGGCUCAAAGCACAGGAAGCUGCGGACAGAUUGUGUCCUGGAAGCGUGUGCCAGAAGACUCGGGAUCUUCCUCUCUGGGAAAUGGAGAUGCUACGGCACGAAUCUAAGCGGAAACAGGAGAGCGUGGAGAAUAACCAAAGAUGGGCAGAAGAGUCGACCAAUUCGGAUCCCGACCGAGCGAAAAGCUUCCAGGUUGACCUGAAGCAUGCAAAGAGAAAAGCUGCCAUCUAUCAGCAGGCGUAUGAGGCUACUAAGGUUGAUGCAGAACGACUGUGUCCGGGAAAGACCUUCACGUCGGCUACAGGGAUAGCCUCGCUCGGGAGAAGGGAGACAGUGACUAGCAUCAACGUCUUUAAAGAGGCACAAAAGUUGGCGGAGAAGGAAAUCGACCGCUACGAGGAGUCAAUUCUCAAUGCUGAGAAGAUGCUGAAGGAGUAUGAAGAGAGUUUAGCAAGGUAUGGCAAUCAGGAUUGA